GUCUAAUCAUAGCUAUGAAUCCUGUUUCUGGAUACAUACAAAAACACCAAAGCACACAACAAUCUUUUGGCCUAUAAAUUAAACCCCACCCCACCAAGAAGUACCCAGAUCAAUUUCUUUCAGAACAAAAGAAAAUAAAAACUAAGUCAAUGGCUGCUUCCAUCACAUUCACAGGCCUCAACUCCUCAAGGGUGCUUCCCAUUACCAGCCAGCCGCACCCAUCUUCUCAUUUCCCCUCAAACAUGCUCAAGUUUGCACCUUUGAGAACCCCUUCUGGUUAUUCUUCUUCUGUGUCCUGCUCUGCCACCAGGGACCCUUCCUAUGUUGUGCCACUGGAGGAACACCGCAAUUUCGAUAAUGGGUCAGUUUUGCCCAGUAGACCUGAUUCGUUUGGGAGGUUUGGCAAGUUUGGGGGGAAGUAUGUCCCUGAGACUCUGAUGCAUGCACUCACUGAGCUUGAGGCUGCUUUUCAUUCCCUCACUGCAGAUGAGCAGUUUCAGACAGAGUUGGCUGGGAUCCUGAAAGAUUAUGUGGGUCGAGAGAGUCCUCUUUAUUUUGCAGAAAGGUUGACAGAGCAUUAUAAGAGGCCUAAUGGUGAAGGGCCUCACAUUUACCUGAAGAGGGAAGAUCUCAAUCAUACUGGUGCUCACAAAAUUAACAAUGCUGUUGCUCAAGCUUUGCUUGCAAAGAGUUUGGGAAAAAAACGCAUAAUUGCUGAAACUGGAGCUGGUCAGCAUGGAGUUGCCACUGCUACUGUAUGUGCUCGAUUUGGUUUGGAAUGCAUCAUUUAUAUGGGUGCACAGGAUAUGGAAAGACAAUCUCUCAAUGUUUUCAGAAUGCGUCUCCUUGGUGCUGAGGUUAGAGCAGUUCAUUCUGGGACUGCUACCCUCAAGGAUGCUACAUCAGAGGCUAUAAGGGACUGGGUGACUAAUGUAGAGACGACUCAUUAUAUUUUGGGUUCUGUUGCUGGGCCACAUCCAUAUCCAAUGAUGGUCAGAGAGUUUCAUGAUGUGAUUGGCAAGGAGACCAGAAAACAAGCUUUGGAAAAAUGGGGAGGGAAGCCAGAUGUUCUGAUUGCAUGUAUUGGUGGGGGUUCAAAUGCCAUGGGACUUUUCCAUGAAUUUGUCGAUGACAAAGAUGUUAGGCUAAUUGGUGUGGAGGCUGCUGGAUUUGGCCUAGACAGUGGCAAGCAUGCUGCAACUUUAACAAAAGGAGAAGUUGGGGUUUUGCAUGGAGCAAUGAGCUAUCUUUUGCAGGAUGCUGAUGGACAAAUAGUUGAGCCUCACUCUAUUAGCGCAGGCUUGGACUAUCCUGGUGUGGGUCCGGAACAUAGCUUUUUGAAAGAUUUAGGACGUGCUGAAUAUUAUAGCAUCACUGACGAAGAAGCAUUGGAAGCUUUUAAGAGAGUUUCAAGACUUGAAGGCAUAAUUCCAGCUUUGGAAACAUCUCAUGCAUUGGCAUAUCUAGAGAAAGUGUGUCCAAACCUUCCCAAUGGAGCCAAGGUUGUGGUUAACUUCAGUGGCAGGGGUGAUAAGGAUGUUCAAACUGCCAUCAAGUACUUGAAGAUUUGAAAUGUUCAUCAUGUCAUGUGGAAUGGGUGCUGAACUGAGCUUACUCAUAGAGACAUAAUUAAUGCAAUUUAUUAUUACACCAAGUUAAAUAACAAUGUAUAUUUGCAUCAGAAAACUGUUGCUGUUCAAUCCUCAAUUAUAUUCUUGGUUUAUGUUAUUAUAAUAAAUGCUGUGACUCAAAUCAAUAAAAUUCUAUAUGCAAGAAGCUCA